AUGCACUUCAAACUUCUGUCCCUUGCUGCUCUCGCUGGCUUGUCCGUUGCCAGUCCUUUGAAUCUUGACGAGCGCCAGCACGCAGUCGGUAGCUCGAGCGGCAAUGAUCUCCGCGACGGCGACUGCAAGCCCGUCACCUUUAUUUUCGCUCGCGCCUCCACUGAGCCCGGCCUUCUGGGCAUGUCGACUGGACCCGCCGUUUGCAAUGACCUCAAGGCCGAUGCCUCUCUCGGCGGCGUAGCUUGUCAGGGUGUUGGGCCGAAGUACACCGCGGGGCUGGCCGAGAAUGCUUUGCCUCAGGGAACCUCUAGCGCGGCCAUCAACGAGGCCAAGGAGCUCUUCGAACUGGCUGCCUCUAAGUGCCCUGACACAAGGAUUGUAGCUGGUGGAUACAGUCAAGGAACGGCCGUCAUGCACGGGGCGAUCCCCGACCUCUCCGACGAGAUCAAGGACAAGAUCGCGGGUGUCGUACUCUUCGGCGACACCCGCAACAAGCAGGACGGCGGGCAGAUCAAGAAUUUCCCCAAAGACAAGAUCAAGAUCUACUGCGCUACCGGUGACCUGGUCUGCGAUGGUACGUUGGUCGUUACCGCCGCGCAUUUCACCUACGUCGCAAACACAGGUGAAGCUUCCAAGUGGCUUGAGCAGCAACUCGCUUCCAUGCCCGCCUCCACCUCCACCUCUAGCAGCUCUAGCAGCUCUUCAUCUGCCCCUGCUAGUCAAACCAGCCAGUCUAGCGGUCUCUCUAGCUGGUUCUCUGGCCUUGGUAACUGAGUGUGCUGUCAUGGUCGGGCACGGUGCUGCGGAUGGCCCGAGCCGCAUUUGUUUAUGACCAGGGGCCUGGUACAGUGAGUGGUGCCUAGUAGUACACGAUAUUAUACGAGGAUUCUUUUUUAUGUCACCUGUCCGAGGAACAAGUUCCAGUAGGCUAUCCUUUUUAGACCUUUUAGCGACUCUA